UCCCAGAUCAGCGAUCCCCAGAGAGAUCCGGAGAUGUAUGAGCUGGUCAGGAGGUCGUUGCUGGGUCGGGCGAUGUGUGAAGGAUCGGACACUCCGUCCAAGUACGCCGAGCUCUUCCGGAAACUAGACAUCAAUCAGGAUGGGAAGGUGGACAUCCUGGAGUGCAGCAGGGGCUCCAAGCCUUGGGGUAUGGCCGUGUAGUCCCCCGGAGCCGAGGAGAAAAUUGUUGCAGCUGGUGACACUGACAAAGAUGGAACACUUGACUUUGCCGAAUUCAUGAAAUAUCUAGAAGAACAUGAAAAGAAAAUGAAAAUUGCUUUUACAAGCUUGGACAAAAAUAGUGAUGGAAAGAUUGAAGCAUCGGAAAUCUUAAAUUCCCUUAAGGCUUUAGGUAUAAACAUUUCAGCAGACCAUGCUGAGAAAAUCCUCAAAAGCAUGGAUGUAGAUGGCACCCUGACAGUAGACUGGAAUGAGUGGCGGGACCACUUUCUGUUUAAUCCUGCAGAUAACAUUCAAGAAAUUAUCCGCUACUGGAAACAUUCCACGGUCCUGGAUAUUGGUGACAGUCUCACAAUUCCAGAUGAGUUUACAGAAGAGGAGAAGAAGACUGGUCAGUGGUGGAGACAGCUUUUGGCCGGAGGAAUGGCUGGAGCCGUGUCCCGUACAGGAACUGCCCCUCUUGACCGUUUAAAAGUCAUGAUGCAGGUACAUGGGACCAAAGGAAACUCAAACAUGUUGGCUGGUUUGAAGCAGAUGGUGAAGGAAGGAGGUGUCCGAUCCCUAUGGCGGGGGAAUGGAGUUAAUGUCAUCAAAAUUGCCCCAGAGACGGCCAUGAAAUUCUGGGCAUAUGAACAGUACAAGAAGCUAUUUACGUCUGAAAGUGGGAAGUUGGGUACCGCAGAGAGAUUUGUAGCUGGGUCUUUGGCUGGAGCAACAGCACAGACCUCGAUAUAUCCUAUGGAGGUUAUGAAGACUCGUUUAGCUGUGGGGAAGACCGGACAAUAUAAUGGAAUGUUUGACUGUGCUAAGAAGAUUCUAAAAAAGGAAGGUGUUCGGGCUUUUUAUAAAGGAUAUAUUCCCAAUAUCCUGGGUAUCAUUCCCUAUGCAGGCAUUGACCUUGCCAUAUAUGAGACGCUCAAGAAUGCUUGGCUGCAAAAAUAUGCUACAGAUUCUGCCAACCCGGGGGUGCUGGUCCUGCUCGGCUGUGGCACCGUUUCCAGUACCUGUGGCCAACUGGCCAGUUAUCCAUUAGCUCUCAUCAGGACA